GUUAAAAAGUCGUAUUAUCUCAGGGAAGGAGUAGCCUAUUGUGGGUUUCUUGGAGCAGCAGCUAAACCCAAUAAUGAGCAGAUGAUACCAGUUGAAACAGUGUGUGGCAGACAUCAUCACAGUGGCAACACCGCGCAAGCAACAUCAAAGAGCAGGGGACUUCUAUGUUGCUAAGUCAUCAGGAAACAUGCCUAGUAUCUCAGCUGCCAGAGUGGCUGCAAUUUCUACAUAGAUCUUUAUAGAUCUUGUAGCCAUGUCUGUCAGUGCAACAGAGAGUGAUCCUCCUAGAUUCUUCGUGGGUGGAGAAGAUGGGGAAGAAUUAUUGGAUUCAGCCAGAUCUACAGAUUACGAACACUUCUAUGACCAUGGGGAAGAAGAGGAGGAAGAGUAUGAUUCUCCACCAGAAAGACAAAUUGCAGUUGGGAUUUGUUCAAUGGCUAAGAAAUCUAAGUCCAAACCAAUGAAAGAAAUUCUUGAACGCCUCUCCAUGUUUAAGUACAUAACUGUGGUAAUAUUUGAAGAGGAUGUUAUUUUGAAUGAGCCAGUAGAAAACUGGCCUUUAUGUGACUGUCUCAUUUCUUUUCAUUCUAAAGGAUUUCCACUGGACAAAGCAGUUGCCUAUGCAAAACUCAGGAAUCCGUUCAUAAUCAAUGACUUAAAUAUGCAGUAUCAUAUACAAGACAGGAGAGAAGUAUACAGCAUUCUUAAAGCUGAAGGCAUUUUACUUCCUCGCUAUGCAGUUCUGAACCGUGAUCCAAACAAUCCCCAAGAAUGCAACUUGAUUGAAGGAGAAGAUCAUGUGGAAGUGAAUGGAGAAAUUUUCCAAAAGCCGUUUGUAGAAAAGCCAGUUAGUGCUGAGGACCAUAAUGUUUACAUUUAUUAUCCAACAUCUGCUGGGGGUGGAAGCCAGAGGCUCUUUCGAAAGAUUGGCAGCAGAAGCAGUGUUUAUUCCCCUGAAAGCAGUGUGAGGAAAACAGGCUCCUAUAUUUAUGAGGAAUUCAUGCCUACAGAUGGCACUGAUGUGAAGGUGUACACAGUAGGUCCAGACUAUGCUCAUGCUGAAGCCCGGAAGUCUCCAGCUCUGGAUGGCAAGGUAGAACGAGAUAGUGAAGGAAAAGAAGUGAGGUAUCCAGUCAUCCUGAAUGCAAGGGAGAAGUUAAUUGCUUGGAAAGUAUGCCUUGCCUUUAAACAGACAGUUUGUGGCUUUGAUUUGCUGCGUGCUAACGGACAGUCCUAUGUCUGUGAUGUGAAUGGCUUCAGUUUUGUGAAAAAUUCCAUGAAAUACUAUGAUGAUUGCGCUAAGAUUCUGGGAAAUAUCAUAAUGAGAGAACUUGCUCCCCAGUUUCAGAUACCAUGGUCGAUUCCUUUGGAAGCUGAAGACAUCCCUAUUGUGCCAACCACCUCUGGCACAAUGAUGGAGCUUAGAUGUGUUAUAGCUGUAAUACGCCAUGGGGACCGAACACCAAAACAAAAAAUGAAAAUGGAAGUAAAACAUCAGAAGUUUUUUGAUCUGUUUGAAAAAUGUGAUGGAUAUAAAUCUGGAAAACUAAAACUGAAAAAACCAAAACAGUUGCAGGAAGUGCUUGAUAUAGCAAGACAACUCCUUGUAGAACUUGGGCAAAACAAUGAUUCUGAAAUUGAAGAAAGUAAAGCAAAACUUGAACAGCUAAAGACUGUGUUAGAAAUGUAUGGGCAUUUUUCAGGCAUAAAUCGCAAAGUUCAGUUAACAUAUCUCCCUCAUGGUUGCCCAAAGACUUCCAGUGAAGAAGAAGAUAAUAGAAGAAAUGAGCCAUCCCUGCUUCUGGUUCUAAAGUGGGGAGGAGAAUUGACCCCUGCAGGCAGGGUUCAAGCAGAGGAGCUUGGAAGGGCUUUCAGGUGUAUGUAUCCAGGUGGACAAG